AUGGGCUUCCUUAGCGCUUCACAGAGACCAAGGUUUGGGCUUCUGAUGCUGCCGGGCCUGGCUGGCCGCCCUGCCCAGCCCCGCCCUGCCGGCUGCUGGGCGCGUGGCACGGAGGGAGCAGGGCAGUUGAGUCCCCAUCGCCAGCCGUCACAGCUGCAGAACAGCGUUCUGCCUUGCCAAGAUCCGUAUUUGGUAGGAGGGCAGAGUUAUAAUUGCCCGUAUUCAACUACAACGUCAGAAUCUAGUGUUGACGUUUCCAAGGAAACCUGGGUCUCUUUCUGGGCUGCUAGUCUCCUGGACAACGCUGAGCCCCAACAAGCACCACAGACACAGGAAGCAUCCUGUGACUUAAAUUUCCCUGUUCUGGAUUCAUGUUCAUGGGAAGAGACUCAGCUCUCCUCUCAGCUCUACAGAAAUAAGCAGCUCCAGGACACUCUGGUACAGAAGGAGGAAGAACUUGCUAGGCUACAUGAAGAGAAUAAUCACCUCAGACAAUACCUGAAUUCUACUUUGGUUAAAUGUCUGGAAGAAAAAGCCAAGAAAUUGCUGUCAUCAGAUGAGUUUUCUAAAGUAUGUGGAAAACACAGAAAAGAGAAGAGGAAACCCAAAGAACACAGACACUCCCCUGCUGAGAUACCCCAGUCCAAAACUGCCAAGAGAAACCUCUCCACUGAGUUUUCUAACUGUGAAGAACAAACUGGGCCCUGUGUGGACCCCUGGGUUCUUCAAACACUUGGGUUGAAAGACCUCAACACCAUUGAUGACACCCUGCCAGCUAACUACAGUGCCAUUGCCUCCCAUCCCAGAACAGUUCCCAGUACAUCCUCCCAGUUUCUACAUGAUACAGUUGGCUAUGCAACUGUUCCUAGAGAUCAACACCUUGACUGUGGAGGGAGCAGAACAAAUGCCUCACAUGUCACCACCAUCCACCAACAAGACUGUCACUGUUUUUCUUGGCUGUCCAAUCCUCCAGUAGGGGUGCAAACUCUUCCUUACCACAGUGCAGAUGUGUCACCCAACAAGACAGAGGUGGCCUUCUCCACAUCUCUGAGCCCUCACUGCAAUGUGAAAACUCACUCUUUCCAUCAGGGACAAGCCUUUGUGCGUCGAGAUGAGGAGGGAGGCUGGAAGUUUACCUGGGUCCCUAAGGAGCCUUAGUGACCUCUCUUCUAUUAGAGAGGACCGCCAGGACAUCUGUUUACAAAGACCCCUUCCACAGGGACCAUCCAGAGCACAUAAGUUUUUGCCUGCCUCCUGCCACUGCCAGUGUUCCUUUAGGUUAUGUACUUAAAACUAUAAGGUAUGAUUGUCAAGAAAGCAUACUAAUAGGUAUCUUCUCUUCUUUUACUUAUAUUUGACUCAUAUUUGACUUGUUUACAUGUCCAUACCAGCAAUUAGCUUUCUUUCUUUGUCUGAUGCCUGGAAAUGAAUUUCCUUUUCCCCCCUUUUAAAAUUUAAGUUAGAAACAAGCUUCUUUUACAUGUCAAUCCUAGUUCCCUCUCUCUUCCCUCCUCCCCUGCUCCCCAGGAGUCUCCUAUCCCACCCCCU